AUGAUUCUCGUAGAAAAGAUAUAUCGCGCUCCUGUUGAUUGCUAUUGUAUCGAAUUUCCUGGAGGACUACUUGAGGAGAAUGAAUCUCCUGAAGUUUGUGCCCUGCGGGAGCUGAAGGAAGAAACGGGCUAUGUCGGGAAAAUUGUUCCAAAUGUACACUAUUCCUUCCUUCCCGUUUGCUGCGGAACGGGUUCGGAAUCAACUUGCUUGGUUCCCGUUACUGUAGCUGCAAAAUACUUUUCUCACAUCUCAGAUCGAUUUAAGUAUUCCUAG